UCAAGUGUUGAGCAAUAUAUAUAUAUAAACACAAUGCAACACAUUUCCUGCCAGUACUAUCCACGUGUACAAGAUGAUGUCAUGAGACCCUGGAACACGGAAGUGAGAAACUCAACGUACAAGGAAAACAUGAGGUACAGCUGAACAUCCAGGUGGCGCCACGUAGCUGUUUGAUUUGAAGAAGUCGGAAUAUGUAAACUGUUCCUCUGUCAUUGUCUCAUUUUCACCACGAAACUGUUGUCGGAAUAUACGUAACUACAGUGUACAUGUAGCACCAUGGACGUCAUCAUCAAGAAGUAUGACCUCAAGAAGGGCACCGAGGCCCUUCAUGACAAGAUGGAGGAGGAACUCAGUGACUGGACAUCCGAGAAUCUUGAUAAUAGGGAUUCAGAUGACAAGCAGGAUGAACCGAUAUCUAAGAAAGUAAAGACGCCGGUAGACAAGAUGAUGGUCCUGAACGCCCUGAAAGUCCUGCAGGGGAAGGUGUGUGUGGAGGACUUCCCAACAGUGGACUCGCCCGCAGGAUCCAUGGCCAAGACUGCCUUCGACAUCAUCUCCCGUUGUAUAGAUCACUUAAUCACUGAGGAGAAUGCGGCACGCGAGGACUUUCACGAACCUCUCCUGGAUUUCCUUCUGGGUCUCAUCAGCUCUGGGCCUGGCACUACACACCUUGAUCUGAUACCGAGAGUCUUCCAGGACUCAAAUGUCGACUUCAGGGAAUAUUUUCACACACUGGAAGGCACACUGCUGCAGAAAGUCCUGGCUGUGUGUAGACGGGAGUAUAAAACGUUGGAGGAAAACACAGAAGACUAUUCCAGACUGGUCACGAGUAACAUGUGGUACAUCAUAGAUAACGGAGUAACUGACGAGCAGUGUGUGGCCAACAGGGCGGAGUUUCUGGACCUGUACAUGUACUUCCAAUAUGGCUUCCAAGACCGGGUAGAGGAACGUGACAUGAUGAGCACAAUGGCUGACUGGAUAUACAGACAUCUUGACAGCAAUCCAUUGCAGGGAAUCACAGACAGGACAGUGUACGUUACUUUUCUAAAUCGUCUUAGAGAGUUGUUGUUGGCGGAGGGCUUUCCACAGAGCAGGGAUGACGCCAGUCGGAUUGAGGAGGGAUUCAAGAUAUUGUUUGGUGGCAUACGCAAUGCCGAAAUCUUCAACGAGGUUUGCGAUGAGCUCAUGGACUGUGCUGUUGCGAUAUUUGACAAGAAGGCAGGCAAGCUGGUACACUUGUUGGUUGAAGCCUUCGGGGACUUGUUCAGGGACGUAAAGAAGAAGCAGCUGACGGGAAACGGGAAGAUGUUUGAGAGCACAUGUCAGAAGUUUGUCCACAUUGUCGAAACAGUGAAGGACCACAGUCUGCUGGGGGUCUCGUUUGUGGCUGGUGUUGUGUCCAACAUUCUCGUCAAUACAGCGGACAGGUCGCCAGGUCACGGAGUAUUGUUGCUGAACCUCAUUAGUGUCCUCGUGCGGGUGCCCCUGAAACAGACAGUGAGGGCAGCUGAUGUUGCUGUCCGCAAGAAUGGGAAAACUAUUCCAUGGAAGGAACACAGCGAUGCAGCCAUGGAGAUCUUUGACAUCGUGAUGUUGAACAUGGCCAGUACGGAAUGCAAGGCAGUGGUAAAAGAGUACGCAGAUUUUGCUGUAACGUUCCUGAACCAAAUCAAGAAGUUUCGUUUUCACGUGGUAAACGGGAAGAUUGUGUGCUUUGUGCUUGAUGUCCUAAAGUCGAAGAAACGUAAACAGCGCGGACUAGCUCGAGAAAUGACACAAAGUAUAGAGUUUGAUCCAAAGAAGGAUAAGAGCUUGAUCGUGGACGUGUUUCGGGAAAUCGACUCGUUACUUGUGGAUGAAAAUCAUCAAUGGCUGAGUGAUACCUCUGACCUUGUAGAGGAUCUGGCAGAGCGUGCAGUUGAAAGUAUAAAACACGGCAGCUCCCUAGAAGAGGCAGACUAUAAGGUCGUCAUUUCUAUCAUCCAGAAGGCCUUAAGCAAUCAACAUGCAACACCUGGGACUGACGAUGUACCAACUAGUGUAUACUUUACGCUAUAUUGUAAACUAACACCACCUGUUCUCAAGAUGCUUGACGACAUUCACCAUUCAGACUGGGCACUACCAAUCCUUGGUGGAACUAUCGACCUCUUGACCAGUGACUCGGAACUUGUCCGGAUGCUUGCAGGAGCACAGCUGAUGACCGUGUGUGGACAAUCUGCGACUCUACUGGUGCCACUGAUGGAUCAACUUGUCAGUGCAUUCUUCAACAUGGAGUCAUUUCAAUUGAGUUAUGUCAUCAUGACGGUAUACCCUCACAACCCAGGACCUGUUAACGACCAUUUCCAGCAAUUCAUGGAGUACCACGAUACAGCAGAUCCAACGAGCAAACUCUAUCUCCUGAUGCUGUUCAAGGACGUGGCCAAGCUGCACCCCGAGUUGUUUACAGAAGAUAACCUGGCAGUCCUCCUCGCUGACGCCAAGGCUGAUGUGAACAAGGCAACAACUAUAAUCCCGGUGUUGGAGGAAGUGGCCAAGAAACAUCCCGGCAAGCUGGGCGACCUCCUGCCCCAGCUGAUGGAGGAUGGCUAUGUGGAGUACGCUAAACCAUUGCUGAUGAAUGUUCUCAAGCAGAUCGGAGUUAGGUCCACGAAAUAUGCUGAGCCUAUCAUGGACUACUAUGCCAGGGUCCUUGAUGGUCCCGAGGAACAGAUGUUGUUUUUGUGUGUCAUGGACGGUAUGCGGAACGUGGGUGGCGCGCACGUCUGUCUGUUAGUCAAACACACGGCCUUGCUGAGGAGGGUGCAGGACAGAACCCAGAUUCAGGAUGUCAAGAUGGGAAUAACGGGACUCAUAGAUAUCGCAGAGGGAAGGAGUUUAACAACGUUAUCUGCCGAUAUCAAAGACACCCAAGGUGAAGUGCAAGACCUUGAUGUCAAGGUCAUCAAUGCUCAGGAGGAGGUGAAGGUCGUGUCACAGGAAGUGGACAAACAAAAGGAGCAGCUAGAGACGGUAAAGACAGACAUGGAAUGUCAGGGCAAGAGGGUAGACGACCUCGAAGUAACUGUAGACGAGACUGUGGCCAAGGUCGAGGUGAUCGAUGGAAAGACCCUGAGUCAUGCUCCCUUCUGGUCCAGAGAUGUCUCCAAGCUUCUCAACCCCAAGGGGGACCACGACUGGAGGUUGCUGUCAACUCGCCUGGGUUACAACAACGACGACACCCGAGGCUGGGCCCAGCAACAUGAUCCCUGUAUGGCCCUGUUGAAUGAGUGGUACGCCACACGUAAAACCAGCGAGGCUUCCUAUGCUGUGUUGACGGCUCUACAAGAGAUGAACCGGAUGGAUGCCGCCUCUAUUGUGGAGAAUGCCAUGAAGAUGGCAGAGACUGUAGUCGAGGAUGAGCCGUUCGAGUAUGCCUCCCCUCCAGCCGUCUUCAUCAGCUACCAGUGGGGAAUCCAGAACGAGGUUAAGCUGCUGAAGCGCCAUCUGGAGAUGGCGGGCUACGAAUGCUGGAUGGACAUUGGUCAGAUGGGAGGAGGAGACAAGCUGUUUGAGAAGAUUGACCAGGGAAUCAGGGGAUCCAAAGUUAUCAUCAGCUGUGUGACGCCGAAAUAUGCAAAGUCGACCAACUGUAACAGGGAGGUAAAUUUGUCAGUGAGUAUGGGUCGCCCCAUCCUCCCCCUCCUGAUGGAGAAACAGACAUGGCCACCAGCUGGCUCCAUGGGCCCCAUCUUCAGCGAGUACCUGUUCAUUCGCUUCUUCACUCGGCCAGGAGAGGAGACUGGGGAUGACAGAUACUGGUCGGCGGCCAAGUUCCAGGAGCUUCUCAUGCAGCUCAACUACAACGGCAUCGUGCCAGAUGAGGCCAAGGUCAUGAAAGAAUAUAAAAAGUGGUGGGUCCCUGUUGUUGAAGAUAUCAAGAUAGACAAGAAAAAGGCAGGCAGCAAAGGGGAGAAAUCUCAAACUACAGAGACAACAGAGGUGGCUCCCGUGUCCCCUGACGUGUUCAUCUCCUACCAGUGGGGCAAACAGAAGCAGAUCAUGCUCCUCUACCGACGUCUUACCAGCCUCGGCUUCUCCUGUUGGAUGGACAUUCACCAGAUGGGAGGAGGGGACUCCCUCUAUGACAAGAUCGACCGGGGAGUGCGAGGCUGCAAGAUCAUACUUUGCUGUAUAACCACCAAGUAUGCCCUGUCUGCCAACUGCCGGAGGGAGGUCAGUCUUGCUGAUGCCCUGAAGAAGCCAAUAGUUCCUCUGUUACUGGAGAAGAUAACAUGGCCUCCUUCCGGUCCCAUGAGCAUGGUGUUCACUCAGCUUCUCUACAUCAACUUCUCCAAGGACGAAAGUGUACAAGAGAAAUGGACAGGCAAGGAGUUCGAUGAAAUGGUUGGCAAGAUAUAUGACUAUGUUCCGGCUAUGAUUUCAACUGAUCAAUGUGAUGAUUCAUCUGGCGCGAAAUGCGAAUUUUCAGAUACCGUUUCAGAUCUGAAGAAAAAGCCCUUGAAUGAUGGAGAUGGCCAUGCCUCUAAUGUCAACGGUCAUGGUAACGAUGAAGAAAAGAAUAAGCCCGAGACUGUUGACGAAAUGUUGAACAAAACAGUCUCAACGAUGGAUUCCCUGGUGGAUCAUAAUGACUUUAUUGCAAGUCCUGAAGGCGAUUCCAACAAGGCAAAUACGGAGGUGAAUACCACUCCCCCAACACUAUCACUGGAAUCUAGAUCGAGAUCAUUUCCACAGAGGCUUCGUGGGAUCCAAAGACCUAAAUUUCUAAAAUCGUGUACAAUAUUGUAAUGUUUUAUAUACUUCAGUGAAGUAUUGGGAGUUAUAUUUUCUUACAAGAGUUACCUCCCCGCAAAUUAUCCCCCUUAAUCGUAAGUGUCUUCUGCUGGAAAACAGCAUCUUUUCGAGGCUCACUCAGUUUCCACUGGAUUUUAUAGUCAGUUAACUCCCCUGCCUCGGGAAGAUGGAAAAACAGAAGAUAUUCGAUUUUCUAUUUCGUUCCACGCUGACCAGACCAAAUAAUGACAGAUGGUCAUUUAUAUUGAGUUAAUAUCGGUACUUACCGUUUGUUAUUUUCAUGAAAAGGUUUUGUUAUUAACUGUAAUUAUCGCAUUUAACGCGUCAUUCAAGGCAUAUUGUUUCACACAGCGUCGUUUUGUUACUUGACCAGCAUGUAUUCAUUCGCAGAUUUCAAGAAUAUUUUUUG